GAUUUCUAUUUAUAAUGACAAAUACCUGACAGUGUAUUUAAAUUCAAAAAUACAUAUAUAUUAGAGUUGUUUAUUCAAAACAAACAUUACAGAAAUUUUGUUAAUCAGUGAAAUUUUCAUCUUGUUUGUUUAUAAAUUGAUACUUGUUUGAAGAACAUGGCGAAUCAAAACAGUGAAGUAAAGAAAAAUGUUGAAAUAAGAAACCCUGGUCCCCUUCUGAACUUGAGUGAUAAGUGUAUGAACAUUUUCCCGAAUCUGUUUGACGGUUUCAGGGUAAUUGUUCAUAAAGGUCUAAGCCAUCACUUUAGAGUCACACAUUCCAUUUACCUGAGCUCAAUAACUCCUGGGAAUUACAGAUUUGGAGCGACCUACGUGGGUAAUAAAGAGAUUGGAGUUCACGAGGCUGUACCUGUGUUGUUAGGGGAUAUUGACAGUAGUGGAAACAUGAAUGCGAGUAUCUACCACUUGUUCGGCUCAAGAUUCAAGGUAAGAUUUGAUGGACAGAUGGAGAACAGGUCAUUCGUGAAUUCACAACUCACAGCACAUUAUUUCGGCAACACGUUUACAGCUUCGGUAGUGUUGGCAAAUGCUGAUAUUAUUACUAAAUCUGGAGGUCUGUUGCUUCAGUAUCUCCAGAGUGUGACCCCAAACUUGGCAAUAGGAACAGAACUUGCCUUCUUGCGCAACCUAGUGAACAAAAAGUAUCCAGAGAAGACCAUUAUGGACGUGACGGAAACACAAGUGGCAGUAGUUGGAAGAUAUACGACAGCUCAUUCCGUAUGGAGCACAGUUCUUAGUGUCAAUAACAUUCUCUUGUCCUGCUACAAAAAAGCCAGUGACCAAAUUGAGUUUGGUAUUGAACUGAACACGAACUUCCGAUCCAACGAGUCAGUCGGCUCACUUGCCUACAAGAUUAAACUGCAAGACCGUGGGAUUGUAUUUAAAGGUUGUGUUGAUACAAACACCAACAUCGGAUCUGUUUAUGAGCAAAGGAUUUGUGGCUCUCCCUUUGCGUUUUCCGUCAGUGCCAAUUUAAAUCACCGAACAAGUAAUUUUAGGUUGGGUUUGGGAUUUAUAGUUGAAUAAUUGUUAUUAAAAACCUUCAUUAAUCAUUAACAACUUUUAAUCAAA